CUCAUUGACAAGCCCUGUGAUCGCCGAACGAGCAGACAGCGUGCGCGAGUUCUGGUGGUGUGUCACGUUCUGCACCAGUUUACAGAUGCCGUCUUCGCCGUAGACACACGUGUUCUAAUCUGCUCAAACUCGAAACUGUGUCAAGUGCUAUGGAUAUUAUACUGCUGGUCUUGACAGUUUUUAUACUGGUUAUUUCGGCCUUUUUAUCAUUUCCUAAGAAAAACCCAUAUUAUCCCCCGUGCAUUAGGGGAUGGAUUCCAUGGUUCGGUGCUGCUUUCGAGUUUGGGAAAGCACCUCUGGAUUUCAUUGCGCAAGCACGAGCUAAGCAUGGACCAGUCUUCACUGUCUUUGCUGCCGGGAAGCGUUUGACCUUUGUGACUCUGCACGAAGACUUUCGCACCUUUUUCAUGUCCAAAGAUGUGGAUUUCGAACAGGCCGUGCAAGAGCCAGUCCAUAACACAGCGUCCAUCAGCAAGGAGAGCUUCUAUAAGUUCCACCCUGCCUGCAACUCUCUGAUAAAGGGCCGGCUGACCCCCGGCAACCUGCCCCUGCUGUCCAGCCACCUGUGCGAGGAGUUCAACUGCCACCUGGAGCUACUGGGGAGCAAGGGGACAGACGGACUGAGCGACCUUGUCAGGAGCGUCAUGUAUCCCGCGGUGAUGAGCAACCUGCUGGGCAAGAGCAAUUCGCCCGGCUGCCCCGCCACCGUCCAGGAGUUCAAGGAGAAGUUCCGCAUCUACGACGAAGGCUUCGAGUACGGGUCCCAGCUUCCCGAGAUCUUCCUACGGAAAUGGGCGAAAUCCAAGCACUGGCUUCUGUCCCUCUUGGGGGACAUGGUCAUCAAUGCCGAGGGCAACAGUCCAGAGUUUCCUGAGAAUGGCACCAAGACGUUACUGCAACAUCUUGUCACUACUAUAACAGACAAAUUCCUUCCCAACUAUGGACUCCUGAUGCUAUGGGCAUCGCUGGCCAAUGCAAUACCUAUAACCUUCUGGGCUCUGGCUUUUAUUCUGUCCAGUCCUUCGGCAUACAGGACGGCAAUGGAGCAGAUCACAGCGGUUCUCAAAGAUCAAGGCACGGAGCGGACGGCGGUGACGGCGGCGGAGCUGAGGGAGCUGUCCUACGUGAAGUGGUGCAUCCUGGAGGCCAUUCGGCUCCGGGCCCCAGGGGCCAUCACCCGUCGGGUGGUCCGCCCCCUUAGGAUGCAGAACUACGUCAUUCCACCCGGUGACAUGCUGAUGGUGUCUCCAUAUUGGGCUCACCGGAACCCCGAGUACUUCCCUGAUCCAGAGGAGUUUAAACCCGAACGAUGGGAGAAGGCAGAUUUAGUAAAGAAUGUCUUCUUGGAAGGGUUCGUGGCGUUCGGAGGCGGUCGAAACCAGUGCCCAGGAAGGUGGUAUGCCUUGAUGGAGAUGCAUAUGUUUGUUACCUUGAUACUCUACAAGUAUGAAUUCACGCUUCUGGAUCCACUGCCCAGCCCCAGUUCUCUGCACCUGGUUGGCACACAGCAGCCAGACGGACCCUGUCGGGUGCAGUACCGGCACAGGUAGACCCCCACGGCCAGAAGGGGGUGCUGUGUGUUUCAUCAACUGUGACUGACAGCUACUCACACUGCCCCACAACUUGGACCCCCCCCCCCCCCAUGCACUCUUUUAUGUACUUAAAUCAAUUGAGAAUUUUUAUUAAUUUAAGGUGGUAUAUUUCUGAAAGACACCAUACUGAAAGAGAGUGCAGUAUAGACAGCAUGGUCUAGCAGUACAAACAUAGCAUUUUGAAUCAAUGUAACAGCUGAAAAAGGGACAUCAACAUCAACUUAUGAUAUGCUGUGGUUGUAGUUGUUUUCAUAAUUGUUAAUUAUAUACUGCAUGUAGUCACAUGGUUGCAGAGAGAAACUAGCAAUUGGGAACAACCAUGGAAAUUAUUCACUUCUACAUAGACAUUUUACAUUUACAUAGGUUAACAUUUAUACUAACAGGCCAUUUAAUGUCAGAAAUUUUGCAUCAGAUUUUAAGUUUGGGCUCCUGAGUGGAUGGUAACAUCUUUUACCGUAAUACAGGCUGGGCCCAGUAGCCAAGGCACUGCAGGUUUGAGUCCAGGCAGUGUAAUUAACCCAUUAUGUAAUUAGGCUGGGAGUCUGCGAUGCUGGGACACAGUUGGCUACGUCCGUCCAGGGUUUAGGGGUGGAUUUAGGGUCGCCAGGGUUACUGCUGUGUUAAGCCGCUUUUACACUGCAUGGUACCGGCUCAACGCGACUUGACUCUGCUCGACUCUACUCCCUUUUGGUACCAGGUACUUCGUUUUCCACUGCAGAUAGUACCCCCGUCAAUGUAGCUGGUCAAUGCAGCUGGUCGUUAUAGCGACGCCACAUGAAACUGCCAUGGAACUGCCGUGCCCUGACCAAUCAGUGGUCUGCAGUGUUUUCACGUCACCUUUUGGUAUCGCCUCAGCUCGCCUGGAACCUCGACGGAGGUGA